AUGUCUCACGUCUGGGACAACUACGGGCCGACACAGCCUCCAGGCACAGAGGACCUUUCACCGCUGGGCGACAACCUGAGAGCAGGCCUCGCAGUCAUAGGCGCGCUGGCUGUCGUCUCCCUCAUCCUAUGCACGAGCCUGUUCUCCUUCAUAACAUUCCGCGUCGUCCAGGGCCGGCUGACAGCCCCGCACCGGACCCGGUACACCGGAUCUAGGCUGUUCUCUCGCCGGGCCACACCGCUGACGCCAAGGGCCCAGCCCGAGGAACACCAGUUGUGCAGGCAGGCAUCGUCAAAUACACUGACGGGGGCAGCCAAGUCCCCGCUGUCACCAGGCGGCGACCCGUGCCCGCGGUCACACCUCCAGGACGGCGUGGCCGCCGACGAAGAGGGUCCCAAUGCUGUCGGCACGGUACCCAACAUCCGCCUGCGGUACCAGGGAUACAACCCGCUGCUGGUGCUCAUCUACAUGCUUCUCAUCGCCGACAUCAUCCAGUCGGCCUCGUUCAUCCCCAACCUCGUCUGGGUCGACCACAAUGCCAUCACAGUCCGGUCCGAGUCCUGCUGGGCCCAGGGGUGGUUGCGGUCGCAGGGUGAUAUAGCAAGCGCCAUGUUCGCCGCAGCCGUCUCCAUCAACACCUACCUCCUUGUCGUCCACCACUACAGCAUGCCCUCCAAGGCCCUGCGCCUGAUCGUGGCGACCGUGUGGUCGUUCAGCUUCGUCAUCGUUGCCGCCGGGGUGUGGGCAUCCAACAACGGAAGGGAUCACGGCGGCUAUUUCGCGAGGGUUGACACCUGGUGCUGGAUCAGCCAGGAGUACGCAGGCUACCGCCUCUGGACACACUUCAGCUGGGUGCUCGCCAUGAUGGGCAUCAUCAUCCUGGGCCUCAUCCUCACCGCCGUCGAGGUCCGCGUCGCGCGCCCAGCCCACGACACGCGGCGGACACGGCCAGGCCUCCUGCGGCGGCUGGCCAGGGCCCGCCUCAGCCUGCGCAACCCGCGCCGGUCGGGCCACCACCCGGCCUUCCUCAUCUACCCGCUCGUCUACUUCGUGUGCUGCGCGCCCAUGGCCAUCGGCCCCAUGAUCCUGGCGUCGGGCGUGACGGUCAAGCAGGGCUACUUCCUGUGGGCGGGCGCCAUGAUCGCCAGCAACGGGUGGCUCGACGUCGUGCUGUGGAGCUGCACCAUGAUCUUCCUCGCGCCCGCCGACAUCAAGGACGCCGGGCUGGCCGACUUCAAGUUCCUGCGGACCCCGUCGGUCGAGUACGGAAACAUGGUGUGGGUCGAGGCCGGGGGCGGCGGGGCGCGCCGCGGCGGCGGGCGGCACCACGGCGCUUCUGCCGACUGCCUGCAGCCGCUGACGAGGAGGCUGAGGCGGGAAGGGCCGCGGGCGGACCGGCGCAAGGGCGUCGGGUGGGAGUCGCUCGGCGGCACGGUGGCUUCGGAGGACAAGAAGCUUAAUGGUAUCACGACUAAGACUACCACUACGGUCGUGGUGGAGGACAACAACGUGGCCACUGGCGGCGGCGACACAAUUACGAGGGCACCGGCGCAUCCUGGGCACCCUGGGCACCCAGUCGGCGAGGACGGGAUCACGCCGAGGCCGAGUUUUGUCUACUCCAGAGAGGAUACUCUGACUGUGCCGAGGAGAGUGGCUCAUCGGUUCUAG